UCGUGGCUCAGGGUGUGAGGUAUUUAAGUAUCUGAACUCACUUUUUACAUGCCAUCGGAAGCAGUUCGGUUGGGUCGGAAGCGGCCGGUACCCGCCUGUCCGAACCCGCUGUUCCUGCAGUGGCUCACUGAAAUGCGCGAUCACGCUAAGGAGAAAGGCCUUAAAACUCAGUACGUCUAUCAGAAGGCAAUUAAUUCCUUAAACCAGUAUCCUUUACCGCUAAAGAACGGCAAAGAGGCGAAAAUUCUACAAAACUUUGGAGACGGGAUCUGUAAAAUCCUGGAUGAACGGCUGCAGAAAUACUACCGGGAACACGGUGCCAGUGCUCCUAUUCACAACCUUCCACGUGUUACUGAACCUUCUAGCAACAACCUGCCACCAACCAAACCAUCACCACACUGCUCAAACAAUCCUUCUGCAAGGGGAGAAGAAAAUAUGAGGAAGGCCGGAGCCAAUUCUGGUCAGGAAAAAAGAGGAAAGAAGAAGCGAGCGUAUGUGCCUCAGAAGAGAUCUGGAGGCUAUGCUGUUCUGUUGACAUUAUACAGACAUUCACAGAUACCUGGAAGUAAGGGCUACAUGUUUAAAAAUGAACUGCAGACCGAGGCACAACUGCUUUGCGACAAAUCCUUCACUGUGCCUGAUCUAGGUAGUAAAUACACAGCAUGGUCCUCAGUAAGCACCCUUAUUCAAAAAAAUCUGCUUCUGAAGACGCACAACCCCGCCAGGUAUUCAUUAACUGAGCUUGGUGUGGCUUUAGCAAAGAAGCUGGAAUCUGAGGAGAAAAUGGGACAUGAUGAGGUCAAGAAAAGUGAGGCUGAGGAAUCUGAGGAUGGACCAGUUACAGUACACCUGACUGAAGAAGAGGAUGAAGAAGUGGAAAAACAUGAAGGUGAAGACGGCUGUCUCCAGAGAGAAGUACGUAAUGCAUCUGUAUCAGCAACCCAUGCAGCGUGUGUGCCACCUGCCUCAGGACUCUCAGAAAAGUACUGUCCUUCAAAGCCAGAAAGAACUGCAUACCUCCUGCCUGGCUCCUAUGAGGUUGUGUUGUGUGUUGAUUUUAUUGAGACCACGGGGGGAAACACUGCACGCAAACAAGAGCUGGUCAAGGAAUUGCAGAGGAAUAGAGUGACCUUUGACAUCAGAAAACUGAAUGUGGGAGAUUUCCUGUGGGUUGCACGUGAGAAAGUUGCACCUGUGCCUGGUCAGUUGCGCCCACCUGUAGCGAAAGAGCUGGUUCUCGAUUACAUUAUCGAAAGAAAGAGGAUGGACGAUCUGUGCGGCAGUAUCAUGGAUGGACGCUUCAGGGAGCAAAAGUUCCGUCUAAAGCGGUGUGGUCUGCAUAAACCCAUCUACCUAGUAGAGGAGUGUGGUUCAGCAGCAGCUCAUCUCAGUUUACCAGAGAGCACUUUGCAACAGGCUAUAGUUAACACUCAGGUAGUAGAUGGUUUCUUCGUAAAGAAAGUUCAGGAUGUUAAGGAAUCAGCCGCUUACCUGACAGUCAUGACUAGACAUCUACAAAAACUUUAUCAGAACCAAACGUUGUUUUGUCGCUCCAGAGAACUGGAAGGAGAUGAAGAGGAUGAUGUGUUGAUUGGAAGCAGGGGUGGAGAAAACCCCCGCUGCUCUCUUAUCUCCUUUACCGAGUUUAACUAUGGAGCUGUGAAAAACAAGUGCCAAACUGUACGGGAGGUGUUUGCUCGACAGCUUAUGCAAAUCAGUGGAAUAUCUGGAGAUAAAGCAACUGCCAUAUUGGAACAUUACAGCACAGUGAGCAGUUUAUUAACAGCAUAUGCUGAGUGUUCCACUGAAGCAGAGAGAGAAAAACUGCUGUCAUCCAUCAAAUAUGGUAAACUCAAAAGAAAUAUUGGGCCAGCCCUGAGCCGGACAGUGUACCAGCUUUAUUGCAUGCAAGGACCUCUGUCAUAACCACACCCUCAGUAUUCUUUACCAUUGUGUUCACACUGCAGUGCAGUGUACUCGAUUGCUGCUUUAUAUAUCUUGUACCAUAUUUUUUGAGGAUUCGUAUUUGCAAAAUAUUUUAGUAAAAUAAACAAAUGAAUAAUUUACA